CCGGUUUUAUUUUAGUCCCGCGCAAACGCAAUGAAAAUUCGCACACUUAAAAACACCUCUUUUGUUUAUUUAUUCACUUUUCGCCCCCCAAAGGCAUGAUUGUGUGCCACUUGAACCGGCGAUUUAAACAUUACUGUCUGGGGGCUCUCGUCUUGUACAUUUUCGUGUUCUAUGUUUUCGAGGUUUUCCAUUUAUUUGGCACAUGUCCCCCGCAGGACCCCAUCGACGUGGUCUACACAUGGGUCAACGGCUCCGAUCCACGAUUUCUGGAAAACCUAAAGUUCUACGUGAAGAAAUACGAUUCGUGGAUUGAUUUCUCCCGAUAUGACGAUAAAUAUGAGCUUAUGUUCUCUCUGAGGUCACUGGAGAAGUAUGCACCCUGGAUUCGGCAUGUUUUUAUUGUUACCAAUGGGCAAAUACCCUCGUGGUUGAAUCUGGAUUAUGAAAGGGUUAGUUUAGUGACACAUGAGGAGAUUUUCGAGGACACUUUCAAUGUUCCCAGCUUUUCUAGUCCUGCCAUCGAAAUGCACUUGCAUAGAAUUCCAGGUCUUUCGAAACGGUUUAUUUACUUCAAUGAUGAUAUUUUUUUACAAUCACCACUCUUCCUCGACGAUUUUUACUCCCCGAGUCGCGGUUUUCUCGUUUAUUUAUCCACAUUGUUGCCCCCUUGUUCGCCCGAAUGCUCCUGGUUGUUUGUGGCUGACGGACAUUGUGAUGAUGUUUGUAACAACCCCAAAUGUCAGAUGGAUGGGGGCGAUUGUGAUUCCAAUCCGAAGACUUUACACGGCGAUGUUAUUCUUGACGAUCACGACAUUGAAAACAUCACUUAUUUGGCACAGAAUUUUAGCCACAAACUGGCCCAACACGAAACAAUUAACAUAUCGCAACUUAUCCAACAACAUAACAGAAAAAUCCUCCUUUUGGAUAAGUUGAGACGGCACAAAACACGCAAAAAAACCAUUACUGACCCUUAUACCGCCUCCCUGCAGCACACGAAUCGAAUUUUGAAUGAUUUUUACGGUUUUUCCGUACGCAAAGUCCCAGCACAUGCCCCUAUCAUGAUAGAUAAAGACAUCAUGAAUGAAAUGCAAAGAAAAUUUCAAAAACAUUUCGAUAAAACGGCCAGAAAUCGGCUCAGAAGUGUGGACGAUAUCCAGUUUGCAUUUUCCUACUAUUAUUACAUAAUACAUGAGAAAAAGAUCGCCGGUAUUGAUCAGAUUUUUGAUAAGUUUGAUACGGACUCGUCCGGUGUUUGGUCCGAAAAUGAAAUUCGGACCGUCAUGACGAAAUUAUACGAACUUCCAUUAAACGAUGAAGCUUUUCGACAUUUUGCUUCCAUUUUGAUAAACUGCUCCAAUUCGGAUUUUGUCGUUACGAAAAAUUUUGUUAAAAAAUGUCACACAUUGGCGCAAAUUUUGGAAACACAAUUCGCAACCGAACACAGAUUCAAAUUCGAGUUAAUUAAAGACUCUGAUAAGAAAUUGGUCACUUUUAAAAUGCUAAACUCGAAUUUGACUCAAGUUAUCAACCAGUUGGAUGACAUCCGAAGAAACGCAAGGAAAUUUGUUUGUCUCAACGACAAUUUGGACCACUCUCAAACCACAAACAAUGACGUGAUUCAAAGACUGAUGUUUGAUUUUUACACGUCUUUAUUUCCAGUUCCUAGCAAAUUUGAGUUACCUCAACAGUACAAAAACCGAUUUUCCUAUAUCGAAGAUUACAAUUUAUUGAUGGAGAAGAAACACGAGAAGUUUCUACUGGCUUGUGUUCUACUAUUUAUGAUAUUAUCAAUUGUAUUUAGCAAAAAAUUGUGUAAAUUAAUUAAAGUUUUAGUCGUGUAAAAA